UCACAGGGUUUUACUUUCAGAUUCAGAGACAAAACAAAAACAAAAACAAAUACAAAAACAUUAACACAAACACAUCACAGGCACAACACAACACAACAACAACAUAUCCAACAACCUUAACCAAACUCUUUUCAAAAUGGGCACUUGAAAUCGAAAUCAUGUUUUUUUUUCCACGAAGAAAUGAGUGUACUUUUUUCAUGACCCCGAUCUCACAUUUUGCUUGAAUUUGCGGAACUUGAGAUUUUUUAGGAGUUUGAGAUUUGAUCUUUGAAGAAUUGUCUGUGUUAAGAGGUGAUCGUCGUGUUUUUACCUUUGUUUGUUUCGUUAAACUACGAUAAGUUUGUUUGUUUUAUUGGGAAAAAAAAACUGUUGGGUUUAUCCUUGGGGUUUGAGAUAACGUUGGUUCUGGGACAAGUUGGAAAAUUUUGACGUGUGUAGUUUUGGUUUUGGGACUGUUUGUGUUGUUGGGACACACGAACACAGUUUACAUGAUUCGCUUCUAAAUUGAGACGGGUAGGGUUGAGCAACACGUAGUGUAGAAGUUUAUUUGAUCACUCCUUAUUUUGGCAUGUUUUCCGAGAUAUGGUGGCGCAGAAGAGGAUAGAUUAUGGAUUUGUUGGCUAUCAGGUGCCAACAAAGCCGCGUGCUGCACGAUCAACUAGGAAGAGGGAUACAUUUCAAACAAGGGUGGAAAACAAUCAAAUGUGCGCGAUUGACUUAUUGGCGACCGUAGCUUCCGGAACUUUAUUGCAAGAGAAACAUAAUCCAAUCACGUCUAGUGAUGAAUUAUUGAAAAAAGAUCAGCGAGGAUUUGUUAAAGAAGAAUCCCAAGAUGCAAAUAAACCAUUCAAAGCCGAGCUUCCUGAUGAAACAAGUUGUGAGAAAAGGCUUCAACAUGGAUUUGUUAAGGAAGGGUGCUUGGAUAUGAACAAGCCGUUAAAAGCCGAGCUUUCUGAUGAGGGAAGUAGUGACAGGAAAUGUAUCUCUACUCUUUCUUUACAGGAGUUUGAUCUAAAUUCUGGUUUGAAGGAAAGUCCGCGUCCUGAAAUUGACGGUCGUUCAUGCAUUGCUUCUAUAUUAACAAGUUCUAGUGGCUCGGAGAGGUUGGUUACCGACACUUUGAUGGAUGUAAAAAGCCAUAGUGAAAUGAAAAAUAUAUCUAGCAAAGUUGAGUUAGGAUCCUCUGAAUUUCCAGAUUGUAGUGAUUGCAACUUAGAUGUUGAUGUAAGUAUAGUAAAGGACGAGCUCCGAAAAUCUGAGAUGGCAAUCGGUACUGAGACGGGAACGCACUGUUUUAAGGAUCCGAUAGAUGACAAACCUCCGACGCUGGUCGUUUCAGGUGGAAAUGCUAAGUUGUCAGAGCACGAUGAUAGCAUACCUCGUAGCUCGUUGUUAAAAGGUUGUGACAAUGUAUCAGUAGUUAGUAGAGAUGAUGACGAAAACAAAUCAGGGUGUGCUCACCCUAGUUCAAAAACUAAGGCCUUUAGGCCGAAGACUUGUAUAGGUGAUCAAAGAAUAAGGAAAAGGUUGGCUUCUAAAUAUCGGAAAGUUGCUCGAGAAUCAAAGCAUGAGACACUUUCUAACAAUGUUUUGGAUAGAAAUUUCAACACAGUUCACAAUGGUAGGAAGAACAGUUAUAGUCACCAAAUAUCUCAAAUGAAUAUUCCUUUCAAAAAGAGGAAGAUUUUUGACUGCAGCUCCACUUCAAAUUCUAAUGGAAAUAUCAGAAGUGGCCGCACUUUUUAUUCAACUAAGAACGACAUCAGUCAAGGCGUUUCUUGUUCAUCAUCUCGGAUGCGCAAAGAUCCUGGAAAGUCUUCCUUGGAAGCAUAUCAUCAUCGUUCUGCUUUAAAAUCUAGAGAUUCUCAUGUGAAGCUUAGGAUCAAAUCAUUUAGAGUGCCAGAGCUUUUUAUAGAGAUUCCAGAAACUGCAACCGUUGCAUCCUUGAAGAAAGCAGUGAUGGAGGCAGUGACUACUCUACUUCGAGGUGGAUUGCGUGUUGGUAUGAUUCUCCAUGGAAAGAAACUUAGAGAUGACAGUAAGACUCUCCUUCAGACCGGAAUUUCUCAUGAUAACGAGCUGGAUGCUUUAGGAUUCACCUUGGAGCCUAAUGCUUCUCAAAGCCUGCCACUCACAUGUGCUAAAGAUUCUCUUAAUGUUCCCAAUGGAGAUACGCCUCUAUCUUUAAUAGGGCAUCCUUCGAGUCCAGCUGUAGUUCUUCCAAUUCAAAGGAUUCAAGGUUUCUCUGACACCGACCAUCAAGUAGCGACUUUAGGUAACAUUGUUGAAAGUGAUAAUGAUUCAGCACCUUCUCCUAUCAAUACGUCAGGUGGAAAAAAACUGUCAGAUUCCAAAGAACUUGUUACUAUUCCUGAAAUGGGAUCGGCGGGACUAGAUAUACUUCCAGUGAACCAGAGUCACCAGAAGCCAAAGCGAACUGAGAUCUCACAACGCCGACGAAUUCGUAGACCCUUUUCUGUUGCUGAAGUUGAGGCACUGGUUGAAGCAGUCGAGAGACUCGGAACUGGAAGGUGGCGUGAUGUUAAACUUCGUGCGUUUGACGAUGCAAAGCAUAGGACAUAUGUGGAUUUGAAGGAUAAAUGGAAAACAUUGGUACACACAGCAAGAAUAUCUCCUCAACAGAGAAGAGGUGAGCCUGUCCCCCAAGAGCUUUUGGAUAGGGUCCUUACUGCUCAUGCAUAUUGGUCCCAACAACAGCUCAAGCAUCACCCUGAAACAUGCCUCCUCCUUUAACAUGAGGGGCAGGGAGGGGGUGUUAAUAGCAAUGCACCAUGUGAUGUGACUUUGUAGAUUGGUUUGGUGUUUCAGGUUACUGACCCUUGGUUGCUUUUUCUGUAUCUAUGAUUGAUAUGUUAAUUUGGAUACAAUGUUUGUUGCUUUAUCUAUAUCAUGUAAAAAAAUUAUAGUACAAGGAAGAAAGUGAAGCAUAGGGGAGAAUUUAUGUAACAUUCUCUUUGCUAACACCAUGAUUCUUUCCUUUUAGGGAGAGACUAUUUUCUUGUAAAUAAAUGGUUUAUAUGCAAUAAAGGAAGGGCUGGCUAAUAAAAUUUCUUUUAUGUCAAGUUUACUUUUUGUUUUGUUUUGUUGUGUAUUGUAGUUUUUUCACUCCUUGAUGAUUGCUUGGUUUAAUUUGUUAUUUUAUUUUUUGGACUUAGUUUGAUGAUGUUUUGACCUUAUCUAUUAAAGAAAGUUGGCCUAGUCUAUAUAAUUUAUUUUGACAUAGAGAAAAAGACAAGGCAACUCAAGGUUAUCCCCAACAUGGCCAAUGUUUGGUGUGUAAUUGGAAGGGCACGUGGUUGCAUGUGUUCAAAAAGGAGAAAAGUUAUCUCAAAGAAGUGCAAUCAACACAGUGUAACACAUCCACAUCUCACUCAAUACACUCAAAAUAUAACCUCCUUUUCUAAAUAUAAACACUCUUUUCACGGAGGAAGAAAUUAGAGAAGCGGUGUGGAGUUGUGAUGGUUUCAAAAGUUUCGGUUCUAACGGAUACAAUAUUUCUUUUAUUGGUUCUUUUUGAAAACAGAUUUUGUCCGUUUCAUCAACAAUUUUCAAAAACACAGUAUUUUGGCUAAGUCUAUUACUUCUUCUAUUCUGACUCUGAUUUCCAAGAUUGAGAAUCCGUUAUGACUUGAUGAUUGUCGUCCCAUUUGUUUGGUGGGGUGUUUAUAUAAGUGCCUUGCCAAGUUGUUUGCCUCAAGGUUGAAAUGAGUUUUGAAGGAUUUAGUGUCUGAUUGUCAGACGACGUUCGUACCAGGUAGGCAACUUCUGGAUGGAGUUAUAGUGGCAAAUGAGAUGGUGUAUUUCGCUAAUAAGAAAGAC